AUGGCGGCGGCUGUUGUCAGCAGCAUUAGCCUCAUGAACAAAAUGUUUAGGACCUCUUUCCAUGCUGCUCGUGCGGCGGCGGCACUGAAAACGUCGAGGCUGCCGCACCAAAGAGCCUUUAGAGUCAAUGCAGCACACAGACAGCAGCCAUUUGACUCCACGCUGGAGAAACCACAGUUUCCUGGCGCUUCUGCAGAGUUUGUGGACCAGCUAGAGUUCAUCGAACCUAACGUCAUCUCUGGUAUCCCGGUGUACCGGGUCAUGGACCGCCAGGGCAACAUCAUCAAUCCGUCCCAAGACCCUCAGCUCUCCAAAGAAACGGUUCUGAACUUUUACCAGAAGAUGACGCUGCUGAAUACGAUGGAUCGUAUUCUCUAUGAAUCCCAGAGACAGGGGAGGAUUUCUUUCUACAUGACCAACUACGGCGAAGAGGGCACGCACAUCGGAAGCGCUGCAGCUCUUGAUGCAAAGGACUUGGUCUUUGGACAAUACAGAGAAGCUGGUGUGUUGAUGUAUCGCGGAUUCCUUCUGGAACACUUCAUGGCUCAAUGCUACGCUAACGCCGACGACUUGGGCAAAGGCCGUCAGAUGCCCGUCCACUACGGCUCACGAGACCUCAACUUUGUCACCAUUUCUUCGCCGCUAGCCACACAGAUUCCGCAAGCCGUGGGAGCCGCGUACGCUAUUAAACGGGAGAAUAUCGACAGAGCGGUGAUCUGCUACUUCGGCGAAGGGGCGGCUAGCGAAGGCGACGCCCACGCCGGCUUCAACUUCUCGGCCACCCUGGAGUGUCCGAUAAUUUUUUUCUGCCGCAACAAUGGAUACGCCAUCUCCACCCCCACCAAUGAGCAAUACAGAGGCGACGGCAUCGCUGCUCGCGGUCCAGGCUACGGCAUGCUGUCCAUCCGCGUGGACGGGAAUGACGUCUUCGCCGUGUACAACGCCACAAAGGAAGCACGGCGCCGGGCUGUCGCAGAAAAUCAGCCGUUUCUUAUUGAAGCCAUGACAUACAGAAUCGGCCACCACAGCACCAGCGACGACAGCUCUGCGUACCGUUCAGUGGACGAGGUCAACUACUGGGACAAGCAGGACCACCCCAUUUCGCGUCUACGACACUACAUGGCGUCGCGGGGUUGGUGGAGCGAGGAUGACGAGCGCGCCUGGCGCAAGCAGUCGCGCAAGACCGUCAUGGAGGUGUUCGAGCGGGCCGAGAAGCGCCUCAAACCCAACCCGGAGCUGCUCUUCACAGACGUCUACGAGGAGAUGACGCCGGCGCUCGGAAAGCAGCGCGAGGCGCUGCGCAGACACGUGCAGCAGUACAAGGAGCACUACCCUGUUGACCUUUAUGACAAAGACUCUCACUAA